AUGCCCUCACAGGCGUCGAUACUGCGUUCUUCUCUGCACAGCUCUGCCGGGCGGGUCUCAGCGACAACAGCCGGUGCAGUUGCUGCAGUUGCCGCACCACCAUCAUGGAGUCUUUCCGCAAGAGCCACAGAUAAGAAGCGCGGCGGCACCAGACUAUUUGCCGCUCAGGUUUCUACGGCAUCUCAACUGCCAUUGACUCCGCCAUUACCACCGACGACCACAAAUGACAUAAUCGCCUUUCGAGAACCCACGACCCCGCGGCCCAACAAAGCAUUCUUCGAGCCUGCGCACUUCACACCCAGCGCACCAUUCCUCUCCUACGAGCCGAGCAAUUACGAGCCGCCGAGUAAUAACAACGAACCUCCCGAAGACCGCAAAGUCAAGCUAGGCAAGACCCUCCGCAUCCUCCAAACCCACCUCCCCACCCUCCUCGAAUCACCACCACCGCAACAAAUCCUCGCCCCCUCCAUCACCCUCCACCUCUUCCCCUCCACCCACCCGCACCUGCCCACCGUCUCCGGCCGCGUCGCCUACACCGCCGCGCUAUGGUCGUCGCCCAUCGCAUGGAACCGCGUGCCCCUCGUGGGGAAUGUGCGGCUGGAGAUUCUCAGCGAGCGCAUGGUGGAUAACCCGGUUUAUUCAUCAGGGAGGCUUUGUGACGGGGGACGGGGUGGAGUAGGGGGGGAUCGUGGUGAUGGGCGUGGGAGACGGCCGGAGGGGGCUCGUGGGGAACAGUUGAUUGUACGGUGGCGGACGGUUGGGGGGGCGGGGAGGAAGUUGAGGGAUUUGCUGCGGUUUGGGAAUGGUUCCGGGGCGGGUGGUGAUAAUAAGAACAAAAGUCUAAGCGAAUCCGAGACAACGGGAAACAACAACCACACCCCAGAUAAUCCGAACGGGAUACACCCACACGGCGGGAAACAGCCCGGUCGCGAACCAGAUGAACCCCCUCGGGUCCCCAUCGGGAUGGCGCAGGCUGCGGGAUCCAGCAGCGGCAAGGAGUUCACGGGGCUGUUCAUAUUCGACUUUGACAGCGAAGGGCGCAUCUUGAACCACAUCAUCGAGCACGUGGAAGAGAGUGGGCAUUGGGAAAAGGGCGUGGGUGCUAGGGUUGUUGGGCUGACGGAUUGGCUGCUGGGCGGGAUUAAGGGGGGCGAUGCGCCGUGUCCUGCUUUUGCACGGGCGAGGAUUCGGAGGGGCGGUCGGUCAUGA